CAGCUCGGCCCUUUCGGUACCGGCCCCCCUUGGGUCAAUCUUCCAUUUAUGAAAGGUUUUUGUGGUGGAGAGGGCCAAAGCAGAGUUUCACAGCUUCCUGGCUGCCGCCCCCCAGAUGACCACCUGUCCCCUGACACAGUUUUGCAAGGAAUGCUGUCACAGCUGUGUGUUGUCAGAGUGGAUGGAUAAAACACUGAAACUGGGUUAUUCUUUUCAGUUCUGCUGUGUUCCUCCUCUGUUCUCAGGCAUCAAGGAGAUAAAUCUAUCCUUCCAAGAGGAAAUAGAUUUUCUCUCUGAAGAAAUCCAGGGCCAGUUAUCGAAACAGGCUGUCUGGGUCUUUCCCACUCACAACAGACAGAAGGGAUUUUACUCCACAUACUUCUUGGUUCCCAAGAAGACAGGAGAUUUCAUACCCAUUGUAGAUCUUCACACUCUGAACCAAUGCAUCGCCAGAAAGAUGUUCCUCAUGCUGACCAUCAGGAGAUUGCUGGAAUCUAUUCAACCAGCUGGUUCACCGCCAUCGACCUGAAAGAUGUGUAUUUUCAUAUCGAGGUGGUGCCAAAACACAGGAAGUUCCUGCUUUUUGCCUUCCAGGGCAUAGCCUACAAGUGCAACAGGCUACCGUUCGGCUACUCCCUGGCUCCCGGCACCGGACCUCAUUGUCAUGGCCAGGUCCAGAGAAUGGGCCAUUUUCCACACUGCCAGAUUGGUGCUGCACCUAACUCAGAUAGACUUUGCCAUCAACUGGAAGAAGAGUGCCCCCCAGCCAUGCCAGCAUGUGCAAUAUCUAGGGGUUGUGCUUGAUUCGGCCAGGCUGUGGGCUGCUCUGUCGGAACACAGACGGACAGCAGUCCCAGUCCUCAGACUGCAGUGGGGAGUGGCACUGACAGUUUUGACUGUCAUGCAGGAAUAUGGGCUCAUGGUAGCAGGCCAUCCAAAUGUUCCAUUGGGGCUUCUGCACAUGUUCCGCCUGCAACGGUGGUUAGCCAGCCUGCGCUUGGAUCCACAGAGGCACAAGCAUCACUUGGUGAACGUCCCCCUAUCAGUGCAGGAGGACCUGCACUACUGGGGGUCCCCGCAGCAUCUGUUCGCAGACACACCGUUAGGCCAAAUGACUUCCUGCAUAGCAGUGUUCACAGAUGCAUCCCUGACAGGGUGUGGGGGGGCACCUGUCUGGGGAGAGGUGGUGUGUGGCCUUCAGGGGAAAACCAACACAUCAACCUCCUCGAACUUCAGGUGGUGCUCCUGGUUCUCUAACACUUCCUGUCUCUGGUUCAGGGGAGACAUGGAGACACGACAACCGCACCACAGUCACCUACAUCAACAGGCAGGGUGGAGUCAGGUCCGCAGCCCUGUUGAAGAUAGUGGAGAACCUGUUGGUGGGGGCCUCAGAACACCUUCUAUCUCUGAGAGCCCUCCAUGUUCGGGGUCUGGAGAACAGGGGCGCCAACCUCAUGUCGAGGGAUAGCCCUUUGCCAGACGAGUGGGUGCUGCAUCCCAGGUUGGUGUAGCAGAUUAGGAACUGGUUCGGGAGAGUGGACCUGUUCGCCAGUCAAAACAACACCCACUGCCCACUCUUGUUCUCCCUGACGCUGCACGAUAAUCCACCCUUGGGGGUGAAUGCAUUUGCACACAUGCCAGGGCCAAGAAUGCUGCUUUACGCCUUUCCCCCUCUUUGUCUCAUUCCCCUGUUGAUUAAAACAGGUAAAAAUACUGGAUAAAGCAGUUUCACGUGAAGAAAAAAAAAAUCAGUGUUCCUCCGACGCUGUUCGGCAGGCACAGGAUGUACAGGAGGGGCUGUUAGCCAAGCUGCUGCUAACGUUUGCUCAGAUUGUUUCUCUGAUGCAUGUUUUUACUGUGAGCCAAAUUAUCCGCAGCGGUCUCCUCCUCUCCAAACCAAACAUACAUGUGGAAUAAAACUCGUAAAGACACUGAAUAAAGCAGAUUCACAUAAAAAAACUUGUUUCUACGAUGAUGUUUGGUGGGCACAGGACGUCUGGGAGGGGCUGCUAGUCAAGCUGCAGCAAAUGUUUGCUUGGCUUGUUUCUCUGAUAACUUAAGAUCCAGACGUCCGAUGACUAAAAUCCUUCAUCAGGUUCAAAGACAUAGUUAA